AUGAAGACGUGCCGAGUCGUGCUGUUCGCCGUGCUGGCGGCUGUGGCCGUGGUGCCGGCCACCACCCAGGAGUUGGUCUCCUCCCUCUGUCUCGGCUGCAUCUGCGAGGCCUCCAGCGCGUGCAACACGCAGCUGGGCUGCGAGAACGGCUUCUGCGGGCCCUUCCGCAUCUCGAACGCGUUCUUCAUCGACUCGGAGCUCUCCAAGGAGCCCAACUUUGCCCAGUACAACUUCCAGUCGUGCACGACUGACCCCUUCUGCUCGGCGGCUGUCAUCCGCAAGUACAUGGCCAAGUACCCGCGGGAUUGCGAUGGGGAUGGCCAGUUUACUUGCAAGGACUACGCCAUGGUGCACAAGGCCGGUCCUGACGGAUGUACCAACACUCAGCGAGUGAGGGUGACUGACUACUGGCGCCGCUUUGAGUCUUGCCUCUCCUACUUUCCCAACGCUUAG